ACAUGGAUGGUAUGUGUUUGGGGGAAGUUUAAAGAUAUCCGGUUUUGGAUGCUCCUCUUCCAUUAUGCAGACUUUUCUUUGGAAAUCCAUCUUUCAUUUUCUUAUCUUCUCGUGCUUUUUCUGCAAUUAUGCCAAUCCAGAGGACAUUCCAAACAUACCAGCAAUCGCCAAAUAUUUCAACACGAAAGGAAGGUAUGAGGAGGUCAAUCCACACCUAAUAGAGGACAUUCUGGCUGUUAACAGGUCUAUUUUACAGCCUCCAUCCUCACAAUGUCAAGAAAUUCAUCUGACCGCAAUAAUAAGACACGGGACGAGGUACCCCACGACCAAAGUCGUCAAGGAGAUGCAGGAGCUCUAUGAUGUGGUGCUGCAUAAUGCCUCAGGUAAGGAGAGCUGGCUGCGUGAGAUCCAGACCCAGUGGACGAUGUGGUACACUGAAGACAUGGACGGCAGACUAGUUCAGAAGGGAGUGAACGAUCUCAAGCACCUGGCUGUCAGACUGUCAAAGCGUUUCCCAUCACUGAUCUCAGAGGAGAAACUCCGAGGUGGACUCAUCAAUUUCAUAACCAGCUCAAAGCACAGGUGUGUCAACAGCACACUGUCCUUCAAGGCAGGACUGACAGAGCUGUGGGCCAUCAAAGAUAAGGAGUUUGAGCAUUCAGUGGAUGAUUCCCUCAUGAGGUUCUUUGAUUUUUGCCCAAGAUUUGUGGAGGAGGUUGAUAAAAACCUUUCAGCUGUGGCAGAGGUGGAAAGGUUUAAGCAGGGGCCAGAGAUGAGGAGGGUCCAGGAGAAGAUCGCAGACCGUCUUGGAGUAUCUUACAGUCUGAUCACACAUGAUUUGGCUGAGACUGCAUUUUACUUUUGUGCCUAUGAAUUUGCAAUCAAAGCGACAAACCCCCCCUGGUGUCAACUCUUUGAUGAUGAAGAUGCAAAGGUGAUGGAGUAUGCAGCCGACCUGAGGGAAUUCUGGAAAAGAGGCUACGGUCACGACAUUAACAGCAAGGCGAGCUGCGACCUCUUCCAUGAUGUGUUUAGACGACUGGGCAAAGCCGCAAGCGAGAACAAGUCUGGCCAGCAGGUGACUGAAGCUGUGACAGUCCAGGUGGGCCAUGCAGACACCCUCCUGCCUUUGCUCACCCUCCUGGGCUUCUUCAAAGAUAACGAGACCCUGACUUCCUCUAACUAUGCCACACAAACCCAGCGCUCCUUCCGCACUAGCCACAUGCUACCCUAUGCUGCUAACUUACUCCUGGUGCUGUACGACUGUGGGGAUGGCGACCUGAGACUGCAAACACUGCUCAAUGAGAAGCCUGUGACUUUCCCCGGUUUGACUCAGGCCUCUGUACCACUCUAUCAGGAAGUGAGAGAGCGCUACAGGGAACUGCUCCAAGGCUGUGACUUUGAGACUGAGUGUCAGCUGUUCAAGAAUCCUGCUUAGGUUUAGGCAGACAGGCUGAAGGUGGAAAUGGAGGAGUUACUGUUCCUUAUAGCCUUACAGUAGGUGUGCUCCUGGGAUCUUAUUAUUAAAAUGGAAAGGGGAUUUCUCUAAAUAUUCUUUUGAACCUUUUGGAGCUUAAUGCACUGCAUGCAAUUUUGUCAUAAGACUUUAAAUGUAAGACUUAAACUUGUAGUUUCACCUCUUUUUAUUGUGAUAAAAAUAUUCUGAGUAUUUCUUCCAAAAUUGCAGUUUAAAAAAACAAAUGUUCUCGAACUCUGUGUGUGAUAUGGUUCAUUGUCACAGUGCAAAGUUAGAGUCGGGUGUAUUUGAAAGGAGGCAGAAGACUUCCUUAAACAUUGUCAAACUACAAAAUCAGGAGCUGAUCAGACUAAUUUAUUGCCAGUUUAGUUAUUUUAGGGUUGAGUGCACCCAAAGUAGAAUUUAACGAAAAAACUUUUCUUAAGUUUUCUUAAGGGUGAGCUGAAGUUCAUAGUCAUGUUGCAAGUAAAUUGAAGAUAAGCAAAAGUACAAACAUGACAUGAACUGGUCAAUGUCCAUCACAGUCAGUUAUGUAACCAGAGUGGAAGCAUGACAGAAGCCCUUGAAAGUCUUUGUCUGUUGGACCUGUAUGGAGGGCCAAAUGUGCUGUAAUUAUUCUUCGACUUCCCAUCAGUAAGUUAGAAAAAAAACCUGCUAUUCAACAUUAAAUAAAAGCUGCCUCUAAAAUGUUCUGUUGGCAAUAUUUAUGAUCUUGUUUUACGAUGAAUGCCAAUGGAAACAAAUACAAGUACAACAUGCAAAUCAUCAUUUAUGAUUAUUGAUAGCCACAAGAACUAAACUACCCAUGAAAGCAUUUAAGGUUUAAUCUUGAAUUCAACUGUUUGAAUUUUGAACUCUAAGGGUGAGUACUAAGCAAUAAUUUUGUUUUGGGUUCAUCAAACUUUCAUGGUUAAAUUUUUGUAUAACAAGCAACUCAAUGUAUCAAUCAAAAGGCAAACAUUUUCUUGUACAAAACAGCAGCUGUGUUUGAGGGGUAGAGUCAGUCAUCUCUGAGCUGGAAGGUUGGCGAUUCUGUUUCAGAUCCUGCAGUCCACAAAUGCCAAAGUAUCCUUGGACAAGAUGCUGAACCCCAAAUUGCUCCAAGUGAAACACUCAUCUCAUCUGUGUCUAAAUGUGCAAUAAAGGGAUUAAAUACUACUGAUGAGCACUUUCUAUAUCAUCCUUUGCCUAU